UAAGACAAGAUUAACAUCAAUUCAUGAAAAUUGUGAAGAGAAAGAAUAUUCUCCACUGAACAACAAAUCAAUCUUCAAUUAUGAAAACAUAACGCAGAACCCGUUCGAUGUUUACAUCGAGGAUGAAAAUGUUCCGUGGCCGUCGGUUCACAUGGUUGUUCACACCUCCAAUCAUGACGUGCAUGGACAUGAAUUGGAGAUAGACGGUGAAGAAACGUGCCUUAAUAUGAUCUGCGAUAGCAGUGAUGAAAACAAUGGAAGUGACGACCCAGUGGAAUAUCAAGAAUACGAAGAAGAAAUAUAUUUCUAUUUGAAAGAGGCGGAGAAAAAGCACCGACCAAAGAGAAAUUUUAUGGCCGGACAACCGUUGAUCAACAAGAGCAUGAGGGCCAUCUUGGUUGACUGGCUGGUCGAAGUGGCCGAGGAGUAUCACUUGGUGCCGGAAACGCUAUACCUUAGUGUGAAUUAUAUUGAUCGUGUUCUCUCCUCCAAUAUGAUGAUAGAUCCAAGUAAACUGCAGCUGGUCGGUAUCUCGUGCAUGUUGAUAGCAUCCAAAUUGGAGGAGAUUUAUCCACCCGAGAUAACAGAGUUUGUCUACAUCACAAACUCAUCGUACACGGAAAAAGAGGUGCGCAGGAUGGAAAAUCUCAUAUUAAAGACGCUAAAGUUUGACUUGACAGUUCCCACUGCAUUGUCGUUUCUCGAAAGAUGUCGCCAGAAUAUUGACAUGCCACACGAAGAAUCUGAGAAAUAUUUUAACCUGAUAAAAGUAAGAAUUUAUGACGUUUUACGCUUAUCUAAACACCGGGAUGGUAUGAGGGCCAAAGUUUUAUGGUUUAUGAGAAGUUUGAAGAAACUAAUGUUGUCUGAUAAAUAUCAACAAAAGUUUCCCAUAACAUCAGCCUGCUACUUCAAAAACUUCACUGAUAAUACGGCGACGUGA